AUGUCUGAAGAGAGUCAUCCAACUCUAACAAUCAAAGAUCUGACAGACAAUGAUGCAAAGUCUUACUGCUGUAGUGAGAGUGCAGAAAACCCACAAGACUGCAUACAAAGUACAAUCUUCCUCCGUGUUACAGACCUGCAGGUGAAGGUGAUUCCUGCCACAGAGGGAAAGACAGUAUCACUGAUUUGUAGCUCCAGUUGUCCUCCGAUUGAAAACCCUGCAGCCUACAUCUGGUACAAGAACAGAGAGUUUCUCUAUCAGGACUGGUCUCCCUGGUACCAACAGCUGGUCAGCAGUGAGGAAGCAGUCAGAUACUCCUGUGCUAUCAAAGGCUACGAGCAUCUCAGAGCUCCUGAAGUCUCAGUGGAUUCUGUCACAUCGACCUGCUUUACUGUGACCUACGCUGAAGGAAGAAUGUGUUCUGAAAAGCAGACAUCAGUGAAUGAGUCCUGCUCCAUCACAUAUCCCAGAGAAGUAGGUCUACAAAGGACUCCUGCAGAGGUGAAUCAUGUUAGACUGACCUGUAACACCAGCUGUCCACUGGCUGACAACCAAACUGCCUAUAGAUGGUACAAGAACAGACUCUUAAUGUCUGAGAAGAAACAGCAGCUUUCAGUUCCCAACUUCUCUCCUGAUAUCUUCUCCUGUGCUGUCAAAGACCACGAGGAUCUGCACUCUGCUGAAGUCUGUGUUGAUUAUAAUAACUGCUGGAGUGUAAAUUAUAUCAGAAGGAGAAUCUGCGCCCUGGAAGGCUCUUCAGUGGACAUUUCAAGUGAAUAUUUGCAUCCUGACAACCAGCAGCCUGAGUCUAAAGUUUGGUAUAAAAUAAAGAGAAGUGGUGAGGAGGAAGCUGUGGAGCCGACUGAGGAUGCAGUUCACGUGCAGUAUCAUGACAACAUGAACAACCAGCACAUCCUGAGAAUCAAAAACCUGAAGAAGACUGACUCAACAAAAUACACAUUCAGACUCCUAAAAGAUGAUGAAGUACGGAAGGGUGAUCCACCUGGAGUGACUCUGAUUGUCUCAGACUUGGAAGUUAAGUUGCAUCCUGCUGUGGUGACAGAGGGCCAGAGAGUCACACUGACCUGCAGUACCAGCUGUCCUCUGACUGACGACACAAACUACAUUUGGUACUUGAACAGUCGACCUCUGACGGUGCCAGAGAACCAAAACAAACACCUGGUUCUAGACCCAUACCACAGGAACAUCAACAGCAGCAGUUGGAGUUGUUACAGCAACAACUCCUGCAACUGUUGA